AGCAUUUCAGGUGAAGAUCUCGUCUUUAUGCGGGCUUCUGUUCCCAACAUUAUGUUUGGAAAGGUUUUGGAGCCAACGGGCUACAUGCAGAAUGUGAAAGCUCUGGUCCAGGCCAUCAGCUCCUAUCUCGAUGGCAGUUCCUCAGCAGAGGAGACUGAGACAGUCAAAAAGAACUUGGAGCAUUUGGACCAGGAGCUGAGCAUUUCAGAGCAGGGGCUGUUGGGCGACACAGAGGUGCAACACCUGGAAGAUGAUCUGGCAGUGGUCUAUAACCAGCUCACAACAGCGGUGCGUGCUCAGUCAGCAUUCACUAAGAAGGAGACAGAAGUGUUUCUUCAGUUUGUUAAAGACUAUCAUUUAGAGAGGCAGCUCACAGCGCUGUACCACCGCCUGAUGGGACUGUCUCCUCUGACCGAGCGUCUCCCUCUGCUAGAGAAGCUUAUUCUGAGUCGCAAACCCAAACGCUGGGAGCUCACACAGUUCUGUGUAAAGGUGAACUUUGUGCUGGGUGCAGGGCUGGUGUGUCUUCUCACACAGGCCUCUAUGACAGGCAGAGACCAGGCUCUGAUGAUGAAGACCUGGACUGAGCGCAUGAGUGCCCUCUACAGGAAGAUGAAGACCUCUGGAGGCCGGUGUUUGGGUUACUUCCUGGAGCAGGCUGAAGUGGAUGUGCGAGAGCAGCUGGAGCAGGCUGUGCAGGACCGUGCGUCUCCUGACGUGGCUGCAGCCUCCAUCCUCAAAACUCUGGAGAAGAACUACGAGUGGCUGCACUGGGCCGUGAUGCUGCACCCGGCCUUUACCCCCCUGGAGGAGGAGAAGGAGGAGGAGGAGGGGGAGGAGAAGAGGGAAGGGGAUGAGAUGAAGGAGGAGGAGGAGGAGCAAACUGAGGAGACUCCAGCGGAAAAAGAGCUCGGUCAAUUCCUGUCAGUGGCCUCUGAGCCUCCAGUGCCUCAUGUGAUGGCCUGUUACAGAGAGGCUCCCACCUCUCUGGACAAGAGCCGUAUUCAUCAGCUCAUUGUGGACCUGGAGUGGAAGAUCCCGAACCCCCCCCCAGAGGUGUACGCUGCCAUAGAGGAGGACCCAGGACGGGCCCGCAGGUACCUAGCCUCACGCAUGCUCCAGAAGCUGCAGGAGGGGCUAGGCUCCGGGGUGGCGGUCCAUGUAGUCCCCGGACGAAUGGAGAUGAAGUGCAACUUCCCUCCCGCAUCCUACUAUCUGUACGAGUACAAGCACCGGCUUGCUUCAGGCACUGUAUGUGUGUUUGGGUGAAAUAUAAUUGUCAUGUAAAGUUACUGACCUGAAUGUGUAAAACCAUGAGUAAAACUUAAGUAAAUCUCUUA